AGAGAUUGGGAAUCCGCCUGGCUUGUCUGUUUCUUUUGGGAAAGCUCGGCAUGAUAGGUUUAUUUCUUUCUGACUUGAGCCGCUUGUCACUGUCCCUUCUGGAGGAGCUGGAGGAAGAACUGCUGUCUGUGCAGAGACGCACCGCCGAACUUCAUCAUCAAACUGAGGUUGUAUACAGGCGGAUUUGCGGCAUUAAGCUGGUAACAACUGCACAGAGCCAAGGAAUAGAGCAAGCUGCCUCUACAGUGGACCACUCUAAGUUGGGCAACUGGCAGCAGCAGCCUGUGAAUGUGUUCCUGUCCACUAAACGUCCCCCUUGUGUGGAGGAGCUUCAUCAGGAGGCUGAACUCAACCUGCAGAGUCUUCUUCAAGGUGAUUGCUUUGCAGAAGAAUUUGAAGAUCGAUAUUUAGAUACUAAAGUCACAGGGCAGACGUUUCGCUACUCUGCUCUUUCACAGUCAGCAACUCUUCCUCCAGAAACUCCUACCAGGUCUACACCCAGGCGCCUUGAGUUUGUCUAUUUGCCAACCAACAGAAGAGUGAGUGAAGAUGAGACGACCACAGUAGGCGUGAGACCACGGGAGACAUGUCUGAGCCUACCCACUACUCCAGACAAACAGGUGGCAUGGAUUAAAGCAUUCCCAUUCCCCAUACCAGAGGAGAGGCGCUGGCAUCAAGCUAACUCUAUCCAGACCAAUGUUGUGUCCAUUAAUGUGUCUGGGGAACAUUUUGACAGACAUGCAACGUCCCAUCAAUCUUUGUUCAACACAGAGACUGCAGUGAAUCCUAAGACCACUCUACGACGCAGAAGAACAAUAAUUGGGUUCUCUCAUCAUUCGCAGCAGGAUCAAGGAGAGAGCAAGAAGGGUACAGCUGACUCAAAUCCCAAGCAAUCUGCUGCAGGCAAUGUUAAUGGCGUGAAAUGCAGUGAACAGCCCCCUGCUACGCCAGAAUCACCUCCUGCUAAACCUGAAGCAUCACAUGGAAGACAUCCUGGAGGAAGAGCAGCCACUCCACAUCCUCAACAACUGCCAUUAAGAAAGACCUUUAGUGACCUUGGACAUAUUUUGCAAUCGCCAAGCACCAUGGACAAUGCUGGUGUUUUGUAUGCAAAUCCCUCAUGUAAUGGGGCAAAGGAUUCUUCCACCUCUCCUUGCUGGCAAGAUAGCUCAUUCAAUUAUAUGACACCAACAAGCCCAGUGAGAAACCAGCGGAACAAUGGGAAUGAAACUACAAAAUGUUCCACCUUGGCAAUGGCUUCGCCUGGAAUGAGUAGAAGUGGAGUAUCCCACACCCACAAGCUAAGGAAAGAAACCACUCAAAGGAGAAAUGGGGGCAGCAUGUGUGCUAGCUCAACACUUCCACCCCAUACUGUAGCUAAAGUUAAGGAAGAUCAUUCAAAAAAUGCAUUCCACACUGCUCAGCCAGGAGGAAAUAAUUCAUCUACUUUGUCUUCACAAUCCAGCGAGGGUACUUUUCGAGAGAGGUCACUUUCAAUGCCCACAGACUCAGGAUCUUUAUCCUCUGUAGAUAUUGCCUAUAUGGACAACAGAGGAGGAAGUGGGGAUUAUGCCCUGAAUUAUCCUAGUGGGAGCUCAGAGGAGAGCACUAGCACUGAGAAUGUAUCUGUUGCAGCUGAGCAAGACAGCCAGCAGGAACGAAGGAGAUCACGAAGUAUCUCCCUGCGGAAGCCGAAGAAGAAGCCAUCACCUCCUGCACGCAGUGUUUCCUUGAUCAAAGAUGGAAAUGCGCAGAAAUUGCAGCCAGCAUCCACCAUGCCAAAGGACCAAAGGCCAAAAAGUCUAUGUAUUGCCUUUGAUAGCCAAGGGAAUAGCUAUGUUCAAACAAACAUGCAGGGUAAUGCCACAAUGCCAUCAUCAAAAAGCAUGCAUUUUACCCAAAGCUGGAAUCUAAGUGAUUGUAAAUCCAAUAAUCUAUACAGGACAUUGUCUGGUUCCAGCACAGCUACAGGUACAACUGUAUUGGAGUGUGCAAAGACACAAGGAAGUUCAGAGUCACUGACAUCUCCUUUCUACUCCAGGGCUACAACUCCUUCCCAGGUUUCCACGGAAGCAGACUCAAAAAUCUCAUCUCCAGGUAGACUUCCUGGCUUAAUGUCUCCUUCAAGUGGUUAUUCCAGCCAGUCAGAGACUCCUACAGCAGUUCCAACAUCACUGAUUCUUGGACACUCCCCCUACCAAACUAAUAAGGUGCGUCCCAUGGUGCCAGAGAGAAAGUCUUCUUUGCCAGCUGUUUCACCUAUUGACAGAGGUCCUAAUGUUCGACAGCUUUUUGAUUUACCACUAACGCCACCUACACAUCUGGAGUUGACUGGAGUAAGAAAGUCUACAAAGGCUAAUGUGAGAGCCAACAGAAACCAUUCAGAGUCAACCUUUGGCACAAAAGUAACUCCAAAGACUAGUCCUGUACAACCUGUAAUGCCAAUGGUUACACAGUCAGAUUUGAGGUCUAUCCGCCUGCGCUCAAUUAGCAAAUCAGAGUCAGAAGACAAUCUGGAUUCACUAGAACAGCUUGAGGAUCUUGUGGAUGAAGCUUUUCCAUUAUCAGAAAGAAAGGUAAAGCCACCUGUGGCAGAAAAGCCUCCGUUAUCCAGAAGACCCAAUAAUCUUUCUUACAGGGCCUCUGCUGUCACACCAGAAUACCCUUUAAUGUCUCCCUCAUCUCCUGGAAUAUCUACCAGAGACCAAGCAUCUCCACAAGAUGCCUACAUGGUUAUUGGGACAAUCAGGUAUAAGAAGAUCUAUAGUGCAGAAUCUCACAUGGAGACACCACUUUCUUUAGAACCAUCUCCUCCUAUUGAAGGCUACUUACAUGGAACACCCUCUGGAGAGAGAAGCUUUUCACAAAGUAGCAAUGAAGAGGAAGAUGUAUUUAAAGGAAAACAUUUACCAGAGAGAAUCACCCUACAGAGCUUGAGUUACACAGAUAAAAAGAGAGUGAAGGUCCCACCACCUAUUCCAAAAAAGCCUAGUGUGUUACAUUUGCCAGUUGCUAGCCCAUCACCACCAAAUGCUGGGGCAAGUGCUUCUUCUGAACAAAGAUUAUCCCCUAGUCCUGUCAUCACUGUUGAUACAGGAGGUGGCUCCUUUCCUGAUAUUAUAGAGUUCCAAAAAUAUAAUGCAGACGGUUUAAUCUCUGCUGCUCAACCAGAUCUUGUAUCUGGGGAUAUUCGGACAACAGAAUGUUUUACUGAUUCAUCAGAAGAUAACAGAUGUGUAGCCAAUAAGACUGCAGAGUCCAUCACUGAAGAUGAUGAUGAGGUGUUUGUGUCGUCACGUACAACGGAAGACUUAUUCACUGUCAUACACAGGUCCAAAAGGAAGCUGUUGGGCUGGAAAGAUUCUGGAGACACCUUUAGCAGCAGGCAAAGCUUGGUUUCACCAGUAAAGAAUUCAGUCAGCACAGCAAGCAAUGACUCUUCUUCUGGGACAAUGACCUUAAGCCGGACAUCCAGCAAAAAUGAGGACUUUAAAGCUUUGCUUCAGAGAAAGGGCAGCAAGAGCGGUCUAGGAACCCGUCCAUCAGCUGCAGAACUUCUUAAAACCACAAAUCCAUUAGCACGAAGGGUCAUGAAUGAGUUUGCUCCAGAAAUUGAGAAGAGUGGCAGCUCCAAAACAUUACCAUAAUGAUUUUAAGAAUAAGUAUUAUUGUAGGUGGACAGCACAUAGGGAGAACAUUUGGAGAGUGGAAACAUGACAGAAAAUAUUUCAAUCAGACAGGGAUAUUUAGUGUCUUCAUUCCAUGUUUUCCUUAAAUGGAAAUCUGAAAUAUGGGUUUACUGUGAAACAUAAAUUAUCAUGUUUUGCAUAGGAUUAAACUAAUAUUGGUCUUAUUGGAGCUGUACAAGAGGACAAGAAGGGACCUUGCUUCAAUACAUCUUGUUCAAAGAUCACUUUGAUCUACCAGUUGUGCUGUAUUCUACAUUAAUGUGGCAGUGAUCACUAGCUCUCUUAUUGGAAUGUACAGGGACAUCUGCAUGUAAACCAAAAAAAAAAAUCACUAUGAUAAUCA